UCGAGUUCUGAAGCCUCGAAAAGCUUCACUCUCUCUCUACACAGCAGAAAAAAACUUCUCUUAUUUGUGUCUCUCUUAACUGCGAAGAAGCAAGGUAUCAUGGAAGUCGAUGAGGAAAACCCGCCUUCAUCAACUCCAGUAGAAGCGUCUUCUCUAGUUGAUGAUGGUCAAACUGUAGUUCCUGCUGUAAAUAGUACUGCAAUUCAACCAAUCCCGCCUAUUAUUCCACCAGUAAUACCACCUCCAGUUGUGCCACCAGUGGCGCCUCCGAUUGUGCCUGCUAUGGCUCCAAUUCCUACAUUGCCUACUCCACCUGUUCUCCGACCAUUGGCACCGCUACCAAUCCGUCCUCCUAUUCCUAGACCUCCAGUUCCACAAAAUGGUGAGAUGAGAACAAGUGACUCAGAUUCCGACGAUGACUCGGACCCAGGGCGCACUGCUCCAGGUUCAACUCAGGAGUAUGAGAUAUCAGAAGAGAGCAGACAAGUGAGAGAGCGACAAGAAAAAGCAAUGCUAGAGCUGAUGAUGAAGCGACGUGCUUCUGCUCUAGCAGUGCCUACUAAUGACAUGGCUGUCCGUGCCCGUCUACGCCGGCUAGGUGAACCUAUUACACUCUUUGGAGAAAGAGAGAUGGAAAGAAGGGACCGGUUGCGAAUGCUCAUGGCAAAGUUGGAUGCUGAAGGGCAGUUGGAGAAGCUGAUGAAAGCUCAUGAGGAGGAAGAGGCUGCAGCCUCUGCUACAGGAGAAGAGGCUGAGGAAGAAAUGCUUCAAUAUCCGUUUUAUACUGAAGGGUCCAAGGCUCUGUUGGAUGCUAGAAUUGAUAUUGCAAAGUACUCCAUAGUGAGGGCAGCCACACGGCUUCAACGCGCGCAGAGGAAAAGGGAUGACCCGGAUGAGGAUGUGGAUGCUGAGAUGGAUUGGGCUCUGAAGCAGGCAGGAAGUUUGGCGCUUGAUUGCAGUGAGAUUGGGGAUGACCGUCCACUUUCUGGUUGCUCAUUAUCUCGAGAUGGAAAGUUUCUUGCCACAUGUUCUUUAACUGGCGUUGCUAAGUUGUGGAGCAUGCCUAAAGUUCAAAAGGUUUCCACUUUAAAAGGACACACAGAGCGGCUAACAGACGUCAAGUUUUCUCCAACAGACAACCUUAUAGCAACUGGUUCUGCUGACCGGACUGCGAGGUUGUGGAAUACUGAGGGAUUUCACUUGAAAACAUUCGAGGGCCAUCUGGACCGUCUUGCACGUAUUGCUUUCCAUCCAUCAGGAAAGUACUUGGGUACAACAAGCUUUGACAAGACAUGGAGAUUGUGGGACAUAGACACUGGUGUGGAGUUGCUUCUUCAAGAAGGUCAAAGCAGGAGUGUCUACGGAAUAGACUUCCACCAGGAUGGAUCACUAGCAGCAUCCUGUGGGCUCGAUUCACUUGUUCGUGUUUGGGAUCUUAGAACCGGCCGAAGUAUUCUUGCCUUGGAAGGCCAUGUCAAGCCUGUUCUUGGAUUAAGUUUUUCGGCAAAUGGUUAUUAUUUAGCCUCUGGGGGAGAAGACAAUACAUGUCGAAUAUGGGAUUUAAGAAAGAAGAAAUCCGUGUACAUGAUUCCAGCACACUCCAACCUCAUUUCUCAGGUCAAAUUUGAGCCUCAGGAGGGAUACUUUCUCAUAACUGCUUCGUACGAUAUGACAGCAAAGAUUUGGUCAGCUCGAGACUUUAAGCCUGUCAAGACACUUUCUGGACAUGAAGCUAAAGUUACUUCUUUGGAUGUUGCAGGAGAUGGGAAUUGCGUAGCUACGGUGUCACAUGACCGGACAAUCAAACUAUGGUGCAGCAAUAACAGUGAGCAGGAUCAUGCAAUGGAUGUUGACUAGGAGCAGCUCUCAAGUUCUCCACUGACGUGUUAUUAUUAUUUUUUUUCUUUUUUCUUUUUUUCAAUCAACACGAGAAAUUGUCUGAAGACUGAAAUUUUGACUUGAUAAGAAUUGAUAUCAAAACUCCCUGUUCUCAUUGAUCGAGAGAGGAAAAUUUGUAUUGAUAAAGAAAGAGAAGAGUACAGA